AGUGAAAGAGAAAAGGCUUUGCGGCCUAGGCCUGUCUGAGGCGCCUCUGCCCUUGGUUGCCUAGCAACCGCCCUCCAUGAUGGCUGCUGCUGCUGAGGAGCCCGUGCCUCCCAGCCUCUGGGACCGCAUCUGCGCAGAAUUUGAAGCAGAGCAACCGAUCCAUCCGGACAAUUUAGGACCGAAACUAGAUCACUUUCAGGAGCCAAAGCAGGAGCCUGUCUUUCUCAUCCAGGUUCCUGGGGAUCCUGGAGUUUUUCCAGUUUUGGAUGAAGAUUGGAAUAAAGGGGCCACUGCUGGUGAAAGAUUUCCUCAAAAGACCCCCUCUGCCCUUUCCCUGCCACCGGCUGCUGAGCUACCAGAUCUAAAGACAUGUUCUCCAAGAGAAUUCUUAGAACACUACAUAUUUCCCGUGCUUCUUCCAGGGAUUGCAGAAUUAUUACUUCAAGCUAAGAAGGAAAAAUGUUUUGAGAGAAAAAGAACAAAAUUUAUUGCCCUUGAUUUUCUUACUGAAUGGUUGUACAACCACAAUGCAAAGAGGAAAGAUGAUCCAUUCGUUGAGUUCUUCGAGAUCCCUUUUGUGAAAGAUUGGCUGAAAGACCAUCCUAGGCCACCAAUUGCGCUCUCUCUGCUGCUCUCCGAGGAAGAAGCAAGCAACAUAAUUCAAUCAUUCUGGAGAGGUUAUCGGGUCCGCUGUGAACCUGAAGUUCAAGAAUUACGCCAGUGGCAAAAGCAUUUGAGGGAGACCAAAAACAUCUUUAGACGGGUUCGAGAAUUCUGGGCCAAGCAAGAGAAAAAAGUGGGAACCAAACUGGAAGAUUCGGGACAGCCCAGCCCACAGCGCUCAAAAUUUUCAGUGCUGGAAAUCUUCAAGAAGACAGAGGUCAUGGAAUUUGCACCUGAGGUUACAACGGAGGUUGUUCAGGAACAACCGAGUAGACUGCUUGGACCAUCCCUUUAGACUCUAUUGCCACAGGUGUGAUGCUGGGCAUCAGAUAAGCAGAUGAAAAAUCUCAAGCGAGUAGAGCAGCUGAACUUCGUAAUGUGUACCUAUGCUACGUUUUUUCCUAAUGUCAGAAGCAUGUUUUAACUCUGGGGGGGAAAACCAAGCCAAAACCCAAAUGAUCAGAACAUUGUAAGUAAAUAGUAAAGCCUUUAUUUUUGUUUUGUUUCAUUUUGUUAAGAACAGCAUUUUUGAAAAUAAAACACAUUUUGCCCAUGCUUUACAAUUUGCUUUUUUGUUUUUUUAAAUUCGCUAUCUUUAUAUACAGUCCUUAUGGUACACGUUGAUUGUCUUGAAAACCCACCCCAAACUGUCCAAGAUUAAAUGGUAGGCAAACGUCAGCAGGGUGGGAAAGGGACACAUUAU